AUGCAAGAAUCUGCUCUCAUUCCCCUCUCAUCUUCCGCCCUUCGAUCCUCAGCUCUUUUUCUCUCCCAUUCUUCCAGAAUCUUCCUCUCCCUCUCCUCGAACUCCCUCCGUUCUCGCUCGACUCGCGCCUUUUCCUUCUCCUCCUCGGCUAGGAGCCACAGCUGCUCCUCGGGGUCGUUGAGCCGUGCUUCCUCCUCUUGGCGCGCCUUCUCCGCCAACUCCUUCCUCUUUUUCUUCCUCUUCUCCUUCUUCGCCGCCUUCCGCCUCUCCUUCCGGCCAGCAACCUUGCACCUCGCCACCGCUGUAUUAGUAUUGGUGUCAUUGUUGUUGGCUUCCGCCACUUCAUCAUCUUCCAUCUCGCCAGUCCUUGCCAGAGAUGGAGUACUACGAUACAAUGAGGAAUGA